CUAGGUUGAGCAAAUUUAUAAAUAAAGCAAAAUACGAACCGCAAAAGUGGUACAAUUCCACUCGAUGCACAACAUAGAACGGUUACCCUGAAAUUUGAAAUUGUUUUAAGGAAACAUUACCAUUUUCGGAAACACUACUUUAAAAAUGACCCGUUUCAUCUUUCUCUGUUCCAUCCUCAUCAUCGGAGCUUCUGCGCAACCUUGGGUUCCAGAACCGCAAACUCAGCAGGACUGGAUGCCCUGGAACUGGAUGGAAAGAUAUCAAACUAACGUGAACAACACGCUAAUUAACGGGCCUAACAUCAACCUCCUUUUUUACGGCGACUCCAUCACGGAGGGCUGGGACUACACGGGUCGUCAAAUCUGGGACACUGUUUACGCCCCUUUUGGCGCCGCCAAUUAUGGGAUCGGUGGUGACGCGACGCAACACGUCCUCUGGAGGUCAAUGAAUGGCGAGACGGAAAAUUUGGCCCCGAAACUAUGCGUUUUAAAAAUUGGAACAAACAACGUUGGUUGGUAUCCUGAGAGGGAUAUUGCUCGAGGAAUUUCCGCCAUUGUGGCCGAACUGAGGGGCAGACUUCCAACAACGAAGAUUCUUUUGCUCGGCAUCCUCCCAAGGAUUAAUGCAGAAGAGACGGAACGGGUGGAACAAAUUAAUGCAAUGGUGUCCAUUUUGGAUAAUGGAAAUACCGUGAGGUUCCUGAACAUGAGGGACGCCUUUUACAUGGGAAAUGGUCAAUUUUAUCCGGGCCUGUACUCACCCGAUUUGCUUCACUUGGAGACAAUGGGGUAUGCGAAGUGGAGAGAGACGAUGGAACCGUUGUUUUUGGAGAUGUGGAAUUCGGAAAAAUAAUAAUUGUUUUUUUUUUUGAAGAGUCAAAUUUGUAGGGAGGUCAAUUUUUGAAAGGAAUUUGAAAAAUAAAAUUUGAUUCGUACCAAAUUA